GAUAUGAAAGACGAAUAUGAAAAGAAUAGCGAGCAACACCCUGCCAGUGAGCGCUGGCAAGCCGAUGUGUCGGCGGCAGGACGGCCAUGCCACCACAAAGGUUCCGGAUUUCCCCCGCUACACUUAGUCAAGUUGCAACGUUGUUCAAACACAGAAACUACUUGACCCCUCUUAUUAUGUGAAUAACAAUGCUAAUUAAUAAGUAACGCGAAGACAGGAGGCUAAAAUAACGAAGCGUAGCGGUGGUGAGAGCUGGGACUUAAAUGGUGACCCGGCCACCGCCCCCCCGCGGUCCACCCACCAACAAAGGUCGAGGUAAGCGAUGCUCAAAAGCCAUGUGUUCUGAUUUCUCAUGCCCAGUGUAACACACACCUUCACGCGGGACGGAGGAGCACCCGCUCAGUGCCAGCCCCGCUCGUCCCUCGCCCACGCGUGGUGAACGCCGCAGUGCCAACACUCACGCCGCGCCAGUGCCCGUGUUCGUGCGUCUCUGACGGUGUUCUGCAAGCCUUGUGGUGGUGAACAUACAUCCCAGGAUAAAUAAGGGAACACGAGUGAACGAUUAUGGAAACUGAUGAAGUUUUGCAUUCUGGACUUGUGACAGUGAACGACUUGUGGUGACGUGCGCGAGGGCUGCCCACACCUGGCUGACCCCAGGCCCGCCGCCGCGCCGCGGGAGCCUCGCGGAGGAGCUUCUUCUUGACAAGUGGGCGUGAGGCACGUUGCCUCCUUCCCUCGGAACUAUUAUUUCUGUUUUUCUGCACCACGCCAACGGGAAGAUGCUGCCGCAGGGCCUCCAGGACUCGCCCACGGAGUACCCACUCUCCGCCGGCGCCACCUUCGGCUCUCUCGUCAUCGAUGAAACCUCCCCCACGCCGUAUUCUGACGCCACGCAGACUAAGAAACACCCGCCCAACCACAUCAAGCGGCCCAUGAAUGCCUUCAUGGUGUGGUCGCAGAUGGAGAGAAGAGAGAUUGUCAAAUACGCCCCCGACACCCACAACGCCGAGAUCUCCAAGCAGCUAGGCCGUCGCUGGAAGAUGCUGACGGAGGAGCAGCGGCGACCAUACCGGGAUGAAGCCGAGCGCCUCAAGCAAUUGCACAUGCGCGAGUAUCCGGACUACAAGUACCGGCCGCGUAAGAAGUCUAAGGAUCCGCUGAAGGGUGUGUCGGAACGGUGCGGCGGGAAGGUAGGAAAAGUCCACCAGAUGAACAGCAUUUGCAAGGAGUUUGCCAGCGGCAUCAAGACGAAAGACUGCCUCCUUGGCAAGCCCAAGGGAGACCUUCAGGGUAUGGAAGACCACGUGAGUUGGUCUCUGCCCCUCACCCCAACCUCUCCGCCUCGUGUCCCUACCAGUCCCACAACCUCCGAUCUUCCAGACUCCCCAGAGAGCGCCUUCAGCUUUGACGACCACUCCUUCAUCAGAUCUUCAAUGGUCACCUUCCCGCCCACACCCACCCAGAGCUACGGCGCGCCCACCGAUGGCCUUCCCCGCUCAUCCCCGGCCACAAGCACAUCUUUCUCCUACCACAACGCUGUACCCUCCGCUCCCUCCCCCAGCAGGACAAGCAGCUGCCUCUACAACGUCCCCCAGCGGCACCCAGCUUACAAUCCAAGCUUCUUCGCCGAACAAAAGCUGGCACACGCUUAUCUGAAGCCUGAAGCCCUCACUCCCGCCGGGUACCUGAAGCGCGAACAGGAGCAGCUUCAUUUGCAACAACAACGUCUCCACCAACAACAACAACAGAAGGCGAGCUUCCACCAGCAUCAGCAGCAGCUUCAGCAACAUUCUUGUCUCUACUCGCCUGUUGGUUCACAAGUUGCUCCAUUCUUCGCCUCGGCAGUUGCGGCACAUCAACACCAUCACCACCAACACCACCCUCACCAUCAACAACACCAGCAACACCAUCACCAUCAGCAGCAACAGCAACACCAGCAUCAUCACCAUCAGCAGCAACAGCAACAACAGCAACAACAGCAGCAGCAGCAGCAACAGCAACAACAACAACAACAACAACAACAACAACAACAACAACAACAACAGCAGCAACAACAACAGCAACAACAACAACAACAACAACAACAACAACAACAACAACAACAACGACCUCAAAUGGCGACAGUCAAAGUUGAGGUCCAGGAAACUCACCCCGCGACGCUUGAUGACCUCGACAAUAUCGGGGUCACGGAGUUGAUUCCCAUGACCUCCGACCUGAAGGUGGAGCUGGACUCGCUGGCCGACCUAGGCUACGAGUCUGGCGGGUCAGGGGCGGGCGGCUGGGCCAAUGUCUCCAUCACCUCGGCCAACCCGAACGUCCUGGCUGACUUUGAGAUCAUGAAUGCAUGGAUCAACUCCUGAGCUACCGGUGUGGACUCUCUACAAGUCUUUCAAUAUCGUGUGUGCUCGCUCAGAGGUGCCCCGGAGGACGAGGUAUGAUGAGAGAGGACUCUUGCGUUUCCGUAUCAAUCGCCUGAGUUCGCUACAGCCACGGCUUCCCGGAGUGUGGCAAGCAAACUUCCCUGUGCAUAUCCCGCUGCUGUGUCAUGACCGUCUGUGUACAGAUGUCUGCGUGUACAUAUUAUUUGAAUACACAUUGCCGGGUAUUCGUAGACUAGUUACCAGUUUAGCUGAUGUUGUAUGCUCGCCCAGUAUUUCAUUUCUCACCUGCACCAGAUAAAGUCUAGUCACUGAACUACUAAUACGAUAUUAUGAACAUAAGAUAUUUGUCAGAAAAAAAAAAAAUCGUGGCUGUUCCUAAGCAGCAAUGCUCAUGUCACAACAAAAAAAGUAGUAGUUACCCAUCGAAAUCUCAUCUCCCGACAUCAACAAACAAAUCAAAACACAAGAACCACGAACAGACCGCCUCAGGGUUCUCGGAGGACGUAGUUUGAACAGUGACGAGCGAUGGCACACGUGGCUACUUCAAAGGUGGCGCAGACACCGACAAACUGUUAGUUGUUAAGUGUUGCCGUCAGGCGAGAAGACGAGGUGAUCAAGUGCUUUGGCUGGGUGGUAGUGAUAGUAGUGGUGGUGGUGGUGGCGGUGGGGGUGGUGGAGGGUGUGUGGGAAGUACUUGAUGAAUGUGGUGGAAGUGGUGGUGUGGUGGCGUUAGUGACAUGGUGGUGAGGCGUGCGAGGGAGAGAGUUGACCUGUCCACCUGGAGGAAGGCAUGGCAGACCGGCUGUACAUGCUGCACCAAUGCCACUACGUCGCCUUGGUGGGAUGCCAUGCCAAGGACACACACACACACACACACACACACACACACACACACACACACACACACACACACACACACACACACACAGUCAUACUCACGUUUAGAUCACCGGAACAUGUAUAACAUGUUUCAUCAAAAAACAAACAAAAAAACAAAACAUACGACAGGUGACGUGAGUGUCGCCCACUUGUACCUGGUGGCGGCUUGGGUCGCGGCGGCGCACCUUCCUCGCCCAGGCAAGGGGACAGAGGAGGGUGUGCCGCCGGCCACGAGUCUACCACUGUUCAUAAUGUUCCUCGGCUGUGGCGUCUUGGGGCUCUGUGAGGGAGGCAGGGGGCGGCAGGGGCCAGGCCGAGGGACACUGCUGUGCCCUGCUCACCUCCUCGCUGUGGGCACAGACCCGCAAGACGCCUCUAGCCUCCACGCGACGCUCAGGACUCUUCCUGACGUACACUGUGGAGUAUUAUAUUGUAAAAAAGAAAAUAUAUAUUGUGUAUCAUAGACUUUUUUGUUGUGUGCGUUACUCUUUUGUUUUGUUUUGUUUUAUGAAACGGUGUUUUGCAGAUUUUUUGUGGUAGACGAGUAGUUGUACUUAGAGCAAAUAUAGUUAAUAUAUAUGAAUGUUAUAUACACAAAUUUAUUAGGAAGUGAAAGGCUAGGCAGAGGCGCUCAAGUACACAACGAAGGGAGGAGAAAGCUGGCUUUUUCUUGGUUCCUGCAGUACCACCACCCAGGGCUUUCUCUCUCUCUCUCUCUCUCUCUCUCUCUCUCUCUCUCUCUCUCUCUCUCUCUCUCUCUCUCUCUCUCUCUCUCUCUCUCUCUCUCUCUCUCUCUCUCUCUCUCUCUCUCUCUCUCUCUCUCUCUCUCUCUCUCUCUCUCUCUCACUGGUGUUCACAUUUUCCAAUUUCUUAUAUUUCAAAUUAAUGUUAUUUUACAUGUAUUUGCUUCCAGCCACAUAUUUGCUUGUUUCUUAAUUAAUGAAGCUGUUCACUUUCGUUUUUGUUUGAUAUUGAUAUAAUUUACUCUCUCUCUCUCUCUCUCUCUCUCUCUCUCUCUCUCUCUCUCUCUCUCUCUCUCUCUCUCUCUCUCUCUCUCUCUCUCUCUCUCUGGCGCCCUGUUCGUGUGUUCGUCGGUACGUCUUGUUGUGGCUCAAAUAUUUAUGCAAAACUUGUGUACAUAAGAUAUUUAUUAUUAGGAGUUUUCUUAAGCAUUUAUUUAGCUGCAAUUGACAUUUUAUACGUUUGCACCACCGAAAUAAAGUUACUGACUGAAGGAAUCCUGGGCUUGUGUUCUCUCCCUGCUGACCGCUUGACGAUGACACUGAAGAAAAAAAAAAGGAAAAGAAAGAUAAUACAGAUGACGCUAAUGAAAAGAGAAAGGAAAAGAAAGGAAAUAUAAAUGAUGCUGAUGAAAAUGAGGAAUGAAAAUAAAUAAAAUACAAAUGAAUGAUAGAAAAGAGAAAGGAAAAGAAAGAUAAUACAAACGACACUGAUAAAAAAGAGAGAAAGGAAAAGAAAGAAAAUACAAAUGACACUGAUUAAAAGAGAAAGGAAAAGAAAGAAUAUACAAAUGACACUGAUUAAAAGAGAAAGGAAAAGAAAGGGAACACUAAUGGCAAAAAUAUAAAAAGGUAAAAAAGGUAAAGUUGGGGGCAUACGCUGUAGCAGUGCGUGGCCUCGGUGCUCAUCUCCGUAACAUUGGCCCUUGAGCCUGUGGUGGGAGGGAGCCCAAUACCCCGGGACACAGGGCCAGUGUGACAUCCGGGUUACACAGUUCACCUUCCCCAGGUUUCCCCAGGUACCCAUUUAUCGACCAGGCCGAGAGGGAGGAUGAACAACUGGGUGAGCUGCAGGCCGACUGCCCGGGCUGGGAUUUGAGCCCGGGUCCGCGGAGUCGAAGCCAGGCACGCUGACCGCUAGACCACGGAGCCGUAUAUAUAAAAAAAGAAAGGAAAAUAAAGAUUAUACAAAAAAGAGAGAAAAGAAAAGAAGGAAGAUACAAAUGACACUAAAAGAGAAAGGAAAAGAAAGAUUAUACAAAUGAUACUAAACAAAAAGAUAGGAAAAGAAGGAAAAUACAAAUGACACUAAAAAAGAUAGGAAAAGAAGUAAAAUACAAUUGACACCAAAAGAUAAAAGAAAGGAAAAACAAUACAGAUGACAUUGAUGAAAAAUGAAAAUGGAAGAGAAAGAUAAUCCAAGACAAUAAGGAAAAGAAAGUAAAUCCUCUAGAAAAGUACCGAAAACAAGUAUAAUACACUUAA